UUUAUGUACUUCUGAUGCUCAGAGUGGGGCGAUGCACAGAUGAUCAGAGCUUUGACACAAAGACUGUUGGUGUUGGACAAAAUGUGACUCUAAUAUGUACACUGCAGACUUCUAGGGACAUUGAAACCUUUUUUUGGGUCAAGGUUGUAGCUGGUAUCUUGCCUGAAGUCUUGGGAAGAGCAUUUAGCUUUAAUGAUGAUGUGACUGGGAUUUCUGGCAUUACUUUAAAAAAAGAACCUGGAAGAUUUUUUCUACAUAUUACAAAAACAAAGCUGAGAGAUAUGGCAUUUUACUACUGUCUAAAAUCACAUCGUUUCAAUAUUACUUUUUUGAAAGGAACGUUUCUGAGAAUUAAAGGACCAGAACAUGAUAUCACUACCAUCACUCAAGACUUUUUGUCUGAUCCAGUCCGCCCAGGAGACUCAGUGACUCUGCAGUGUUCAGUCCUCUCUGACUCUGAGAAUAAAACGUGUCCUGAAGAAGAUAGUGUGUAUUGGUUCAGAGUCGGAUCAGAUGAAUCUCAUCCCCGUUUAAUUUAUGUCCAGAGAAAAAGUGGUGAUGAAUGUGAGACGAGUCCUGAAGCUCGAUCUCCACAGAGUUGUGUCUACAGCCUCUUCGGGGCCAACAUCAGCUCUACUGAAUCUGGAACCUAUUACUGUGCUGUCACUGCAUGUGGGAAGAUUAUUUUUGGAAAUGGAUCAAAACUUGACAUUGAAGAUGUCAGCUCGUGUGAUUCACAGAAAGACAAUACAAUUGUCCUUUUGUUGUGUGCUGCUUUGGCUAUAAGUCUGAUUGUUAUAGCCUUCCUUGUUUAUGCCAUCUGGAAAAAAUCCUGUGAUUGUUGUAAUGCUGUUGUCGCUUCACAAACAAAUGCUGCAACAGCUAGUAGUGAUCAACAAAGUCAGAGGAGAAAUGAGGACUCUUUGAUUUAUUCUACAGCAAUCUUUACCAAGAGGAAAGCUGGCAAAGUAGGAAGAAGGCAUGCAACAGCAAAUGAAGAGACAAUCUACACGGAUGUCAGAGCUUUUGUGAUAGAUUAACAAUCCAAACACUGAACUUACUUAUUGAUGUUAUGGUGUGGCACAUUGCUUGGGAAAUAUACUAUGUUAGCAGCACUGGUAUUUGCAUUUCACAUAAAAAGUUGUUAACAUAAUGUUUUGUUGAUUAACUAAUUAAGCUUUAUGCAAAACAUUUACAUGUUUUGUCCAAACUGUUUGCAGACUAUUGUUUGAGUGCAGUUACGUCAGCACAGGAUAUCAUUCAAAACACAUAAAAAUAACUGCAUUUUUGUUAUGUUUUUGGUAAUAACCUACAGCAUUCUGUAUUUUUUGUGCAUUUUAUUAUUAAAAUUUUCCCCAAGUUUGUGAUGCAUGUAAACACGCUGUUUUUUGGUCAUGAGAAUAGUUACAUUUCUGUUUCUUUCAUCUGUUGCAGUUUUAUGGCU